CCGGAAGUGGUCAGCUUUCUUCUUUAUUUUUCCGUUCAUGGUUGCUAGGCGUGGCGACCCCUUAAGGGGUCGUCUAAGGCCAAUGGCCUUCACAUUGGCCAUUGUUCUCAUGUCCACUACUCUCAGCUUGGUGGCUGCUGAUGCUUAUCCUUAUUACUCUCCUCCGCCACCAACAGAACACUAUGAGUACAAAUCUCCACCUCCUCCUUCACCAUCUCCUCCCCCACCAUACGAGUACAAGUCUCCACCACCACCCAAAGAGGCUCCUGCUCCAAAAUAUGAGUACAAAUCUCCACCACCACCGGUUGAGCACAAGUCUCCUCCUUAUGAGUACAAGUCUCCUCCACCACCUUACGAGUACAAGUCUCCACCACCACCCAAAGAGGCUCCUGCUCCAAAAUAUGAGUACAAAUCUCCACCACCACCGGUUGAGCACAAGUCUCCUCCUUAUGAGUACAAGUCUCCUCCACCACCUUCACCAUCUCCUCCGCCACCUUAUGAGUACAAGUCUCCACCACCACCCCCAAGAGGCUCCUGCUCCAAAAUAUGAGUACAAAUCUCCACCACCACCUACUCCAAAAUAUGAGUACAAAUCUCCACCACCACCAGUUGAGCACAAGUCUCCUCC